GAGAGAGAGAGAGAGAGAGCGUUAAAAGUGACCUGGACGCUGCAGGACAUUCACUCGUCUUUGUCCCUGAAAUUAAAAGCUUGGACAUAAUUUUAUUUGACAUGACAGAAAAACACAAACAGAAUUGCCUGAAAACCCCAAACAACUUCUCUGCUCUGACAACCUUGAGAACUUCUGGAGUCUCUAGAACUAGAAAGGGUUCUGGACUCAGAACAGGUUCCAAACAGGGUUAAAGAAUCUCAGAGGGUUCUAGGAUCAUAUCUGAAGUGGACUACAGUUUUCAGACUCUCACCAGACUCCAGGUUCUUAUUCAGAAUCAUUGCACAGGAUUCAGAAAGUUUCGCAAAUCAGUUCUAAAGCAGGCACCCCAGUUUGCUCUAGACCUACAAAGGUUUCAGGACUAACAGAAGACUAAAAUCAAACCCAGAGACUCAGAAAAGGUUUUAAAGGAUCAGUUCUGAGGCAAAUUUGGUCUAUUCUGGACCUACAGUGGGUCCAGGGAAAGUUUUAGGACUUCAUUUUUGGGGACAGAGCUGGAGAUUCAGGAAAGGUCACUUGAAUCCCUUCUUAAACAGAUUUCUCAUUGUAAUCUAGACCUGUGGUGGGUUCAGGAACUAUUCCAGGAUUCUCAGUUGACUCCAGGUUGUUUUUCCGGGAAUGGUUGCAUAAGAUUCAGAAAGCUUCGCAAAUUGGUUCUAAAGCAGGCACCUCAGUUUGCUCUAGACCUAGAAAGAGUUCAAGAACAGGUCCAGGACUCAUUGUAGACUCAAGGUAGUUUUUUUAUCAGAAGGUCAAAGCCAGGGAUUCAGAAAAGGUUUUAAGGAAUCGCUUCUGAGGCAUAAUUCACAGUUUGUUCUGCACCUACAUUAGGUUCGGGGAUUGUUUUUGGACUUAACCUACACUCUGGAUUCUUUUUGGGGUCAUAUCUGGAGAUUCAGGAAAGGUUUCUAGAGCCUUUUCUAAAGGAGACUUCUCAGUUUGAUCUAGACCUGUGGUGGGUUCAGGGAUUGUUUUAGGUUGCUAGAAUGAGACUCAUGUUGGGUUCCAGGUCUGCAUCCAAACAUUGGAUGGUUACCACGUCGCUGCUGCUUGUCUGGUGUUUAAAUUUAAUUCAUCCAGCUGGUUGCCAUGGUAACUUCUCAUCUGAGUCAUCUCUGUCAGACAUGCCUGAUUUCCAUGGCACCUUUGCACCUUUGCACCCUGAACUCGAGCAUCACAUCCAGACCUCAGACCAUGAAGAUCCAAACCUGGUGCAAGAGACGAUGAACAAGCCGGAUUCCUCCCUGGAUUCUCGCCUGGGAAAGUCCAAGCACUUGAGCAAGCUCAAACACAUGAAACACGACAGAAAUCCCCAGUCGUCUUCCUCCAACUCGUCAACGAAAGGUCAUACGCACACGCCAUCGCCCCCUAGCUGCACUCAGGAGAUGUCCAUAAAAACUGCCUUCAAGUACAUCAACACGGUGAUGAGCUGCGUGAUCUUUGCCGUGGGAAUGAUCGGAAAUGCCACACUGCUCAGGAUCAUCUGCCGAAAUAAAAGCAUGAGGAACGGACCCAACGCCCUCAUAGCCAGCCUCGCACUGGGAGACCUGAUAUACAUCGCCAUUGACAUACCCAUCACCAUCUACAAGCUCCUGGCGAUGCGGUGGCCAUUUGCCGACAGCACCUUUGGUCUGUUCCUCUGCAAACUGUUCCCCUUCCUGCAGAAGGCGUCAGUCGGCAUCACCGUCCUCAACCUGUGCGCUCUGAGUGUGGACAGGUAUCGCGCGGUGGUGUCCUGGUCUCGGGUCCAAGGGACGGGCGUUCCCAUGGUAACAGCGGUGGAGAUCGUGGUGAUCUGGCUGCUGUCCGCCGCGCUCGCCGUGCCAGAGGCCGUUGGUUUCGACAUGGUCAGCUUCGAGUACAAGAACGAGACGUUAAGGACCUGCAUGCUGCAGCACCCGACGACAGCGUUUAUGACUUUCUACCGUGAUGCCAAGGACUGGUGGUUGUUUGGCUUCUACUUCUGCGUUCCUCUGGCGUGCUCUGUCAUCUUCUACGGCCUUAUGACCUGCGAGAUGCUACGACACCAGAGAGGAAGUCUGAGGAUCUCACUGAGCGAACACCUGAAACAGCGUAGAGAAGUGGCCAAAGCUGUUUUCAGUCUGGUGCUCAUCUUCGCCCUCUGCUGGUUUCCGCUGCACCUGAGUCGCCUGCUGAAGAGAACCAUCUACAAAUCCCAUGAUGCUCGGCGCUGCGACUUGUUAAAUUUCCUGCUGGUGUUGGACUACUUCAGCAUCAACAUGGCCACCGUCAACUCCUGCAUCAACCCCAUAAUCCUCUACUUUGUCUCCAAGAAGUUCAAAAACUGCUUCAAGUCCUGUCUGUGUUGUUGGUGUCACUCUGGCUUUCUCUCUAACAGUAUGAUGCCUCUUCACCAUGGGACGAGUCAGCAGUACAAACACACUGACCACUGAGAGAGAGAGAGAGCGUCAUCAACCCUGUAAUAUUUAGUAUUUAUUGUGUUUCAUUUGUUUCAAGUCAUUUAUUAUUAAUGACAUAUAGAAACACAUAUAAAUGUGAACUCAUGACUUAUUUUUGUAUAUAAAGUGUUUUCCUGCCUCUCCAUCUGAGACUCACCAGCGCCCUCCAGAGGCAGAUUGCCUUCAUUAAACUCACUGUAUGGAACCUAAUGAGUAUUCUGUUGUUGUUGUUGUAACUGUAAACAUUAAUAAAGUUAAAGAAAAGUCAGUGGGAUUCACCCUCUGAGCACCAGCAGUAUCACUACAAAUGUUUUUGGUUUUUCCUCAAUUGUUUUUUAUUUUUAUGUGAUUACACAUUAAUGUUGAUCAGUAAAAUCCUGUUCUCAAAGCG